CUUAAACUGUCAGUUUUUAAAAACACGAAUUCUUCAGACUACGCCCUUUACACAGUCUAUUCUAUGGACUAUAUUUCUCAUGGUGUAGUUUUGAGAAUGAUCACUUUCUCCCAGAUUUUAAUAUCUUUCUCUUCAUGGGCGUCAUCUUAGCUUUACUUUGUGUGGUUGGGUUAAUUUUAACCUAAUACAAAUGGUUUGCUGUUUUUAUCAACUGCACCUGCGCUUAAUAUAUUGUAUACAAAAGUUACCAAAAGCUAGAAAUAUGGCUAUUAUAGUUCCGAGAAUGGGGUCACACCUUACACUGUAUACUCGUUACUUAUGCAGCAAUAUCCGUAAAUGCUCUUCAGUCAGUAACACAUAUGCUCCUGCUCCAAGGACUCAGAUUUAUUCGCAUUUUGAACAAGUGUCUCAAAUGUCGUCAGUUAUUGGCAAAUUUAUAACCUAUCCUGAAAAUGAAUUUUCCCUUUUCAUAGAGCCGUUUCUCAAAGUUGAGUCAACAGAGGAGCUUAGAACUUUUGGUGACCUUUCACUUUUGAUUCGAAAGCCAACAAUGAGUAUAAUUAAGGACGUGAUUAAUAUUAGAAACUUGCAGAAAGAAAAUUUCACAAACGAACUUAACCCUUCUAAAUCCGCCUUAUUAGCUAAAUUGUGUGUCCCACGUUUUGUGCUUCAUGGUCAACCGGGGACUGGUAUCUCUACUAUUUUGGGACAAAUCACAUGUUUUGCCGGUAGAGACAAAUGGCUUAUAUUUCCAUUCACCAGUUGUGAAAAUUUGCUAGAACCAUCUACUGACAUUGCUCCCAGCAACGAUUAUCACCAUAACCAACAUUGUCACAAUUUUUCUGGUAAUGCCCUUGAUUUCCCAGCUCGUUCUGCUGAAUGGCUUAAAGCCUUUUUAAAACUUAACCAACCACUGCUUGAAGAGAUAAAACCGGUCGUAUCUCGACAAUUGGAAUGGACCAAGAAAGACAUAAUGCCCGAAGGAACAUCUUGGGUAGAUCUAAUAAAUUUUGGCGUCGCCAGGACCAAAUACGCAACAGAUUGCAUUGGAAUUUUAUUAAGAGAGAUGCGUACCCUAUCAUCCACUCCCGAUGGCCCUCCUUGUUUAUUUAUCGUUGAUGGUGUCAAUUUUAUGUGGUGUCGAGGAACUUUAUUAAAGGAUAAAACUGUUUCUGCUCGUGUUACUCCCGAUCGAUUGGCAAUUGUGCAUCAUUUAAAACGUGCAUUGAGGGGAGAUUGGCGUCAUGGUGUCAUAAUUACCUCUACAAAUAUUCGAGCAGCUUGGCCUACGGACAGAGAACAAUACACUCCUGGUUACCUUUUGGGAAAAUCCGGUUUCGAAUGUAUGGAUCCGUUCAUUCCUGUUCUCGUUGAAAACUACACCCCAACAGAAACUAAUGCCUUAUUAAGAUUUUAUGCAGAGAAUAAUUGGCUCACAAAUCCUGCUGCCUUUACACCUGAGGGUCAAGCUGAAUUAAUAUUUUUGUCUGAUUACAAUCCAUUGGAACUGAGUCGUUUGGCUGCUGAAUGGUAGACUACUAAUUGAAUUAUUAAAAUAGUAUUAGAGUUGGAAAUUCUUAACUUGUUGUUUGUAUAUUGACGAAAAAAAACUGAAUAACAAUAAUCUUUGUCUCAUUUUUGAAUUGGAUAAUGUAAAUAUUAACAAAAUAACUUUCCAAUUGCUGUGUACAGUUUCUACUUCUCGAUAUUUUCAAUGAAAAACAAUAAAGUAUUUGAUGCGAUA